CAUCGGGAAGCACCGUUGUUUGUUAUUGUUUUCGGUGGUCAACAUAAUGUCGAAAAAAUCUGUUUUACGCUUUACGCUGAAGGAGUUGAAUGCUUUGAUACAGGAUGAAAAGGCCCGUGUUGUGCUGCAAAGGAGUAUCCGAAAACUACCUCUCCAACCUUACAGCUUAAGUGAUUUGCAAGGUUCUAUACACGAGGUUUUGGAUGCAAACUUAGCCAAGUUUGACCACGAGUUGAAAGGAAUACUUUUGAGCUACAAGAACAUAAAAAUUGUGAAGAAUAUUGCAAAUGUGUUAUACGAUGAUUCUCGACUUUACCUUACUAUCCAAGCUGAUUUUUAUCUGUUUAGGCCUGAAGUAGGAUGUGUUCUACGUGGUAUUGUGAAUAAAAGAAGUGCAGAUCAUGUUGGAUGUCUUGUGCACAAGGCAUUCAACGUGUCUAUACCUAGACCAGAAUGUGAAACAGAUGGAGACUGGCAAGGAUAUUAUGUUGAAAUUGGACAGGAAGUCACUUUUAGAGUAGAAUCGUUGGACCUUACUGGUAGCCUUCCAUAUAUGUUAGGCUGUUUGCUUGAUGUGGGGUCAUUGUCCGGCCCUCCCAGUGAGAUAUUUGAUGAGCAAAAGACCACAGAAAAGAAAGAAAUUUUUGCUCCCUUUAGUAAAUGUAAUGGAUUUAUGGAGCAGCAUGAAGACACUCGUGCAUCUGUGCCCACAACAGAACACAAAAAGAAAAAGAAACAUAAGAAGUAUGAAGAUUUAGAAAGUGGAGGAAAUGUCCAAGGCUCAGUAUUUGUGAAGCAUGAAAAAUAUGAUAGUAUUCAUGAGAAGGAUGAUGAGGGGCAUAACGAAUCUGGCAGUCUCCUGAAAACACCCAAGAGGAAGAAAAGGAAAAAUGCUGACCAGAUUGAUCCAAUAAAACAAGAAGAGGAGACAUAUAGGCUAGACAAUGAUAGGGGCACUUUGUACCAAAAUCAACAAGAGGAAGAGCAACAACAAUAUGAGGAAAAGAUCUUACUCAGUAAAAAACAAAUUGAUAGCUCUUAUCAUUUAUCAGAAUUUGAUCAUUUAAAUAGUACUGUUAAUUUGGAGAAGAAAAAGAGAAAAUAUGGUGAAGCAUUUUAUGAUGAUGAUGAUGAAAAUCAUACCAUCAGUACACAAAAUGAAGGUGUAAAGCAUAAAAAGAAGAAGAGCAAGAAAGAAAAACAUGUCAUUGAAACAGCUAAUGCUGAUGAACCUGUUGAAGAUUUUGAAGAUGAUUUUAGCAUAGAUACAUCAAAAGAAAUUACAAAUCAGGACAAGAAGAGAAAAAAGAAAAACAAAAGGGACGUUACGGAAGAACUAUCUGCAGAGUUGAGUGAAGAAACUACUAGUCCAUAUGUUAAUAACACUCCUGAAGAACUGGUAUUGAAAAUGCAAUUCAGCCAAGAACAUUUUAAAAAAUUAUUUAAGAAAGUGAAACCACUUGUGACAACUGAACUUGUAACAUCAACUCCUGUUGAACACAAAACCAACAAAGAGAACAAGUUUUCUUUUACUAGUAGCACAGAAAGUCACUCAGAUUUCAAACCAACAAAUUUAUCAGAGUCGAUGGCCCCUUUUUCACUCAUGCAUUCUCCUAUUUUGAAAGCAAAACACACAAAGAAGGAGAAAGAAAGUAGUCCUGCUGUUCAAAGUGAUAAUGUCCCAGUAAAAGUAAAAAAAUUAAAGAAAGAGAAGAGGCUUAGUUCGACUCAGCAGAGUCCAGGUAAAAGAAUUUCAGAGGAUUGUCAAUUUUCUGGAAGCCAUUGUGUUUCGUAUCACCAAGAAAGCAACUUACCUUGCUCAGACAUAGAAAAUCAGACGAAAGGUGCAACUACACAUCUAAACUUGAGUAACAAAUCAGUAGCUGAUAUACAAGAAACAGAACACAAAAAUAAGAUGAGAGAGAGUGCUGAUAAGUCUAGUAAACAACUGUCAAAAAGUGUUUUGGAGUCACCUGUAGAAAGUAAAGUGAAAAUCAGCAAGAAGGAGAGUCAUUUAUCUGCAAAGAAGAAAAAUAGUAUCGGAAAUGAACCUAAGAGAACAAUGAAAACAGAUAGUAACAUUAAUGACAGUUGUGAUAAUCAAGAUUAUGGAAAUAAUAGCUAUAAUCAGAUGGUUGCUCAGUGUGGAGAAUCUGGAAAAACGCAAAUGUCCAAUAGACUAGUUGAAUACAUGACAAAUAUUAAAAAACAACCUUCCAUUACCAGGAAAAGUUUAACAUCUAGCUUGGUACGGAGUGAAAAUACAUCAGAGGAAGGGAACAAUUCAGAUGAGGAUAAUGUGUUAAAAAAUAUUCUCAAAUUAAAUAGAACUCCGUCAUCAGAAAGAUCUCCCAAACACAAGCGAGUAGCUGCAAUUAAUCAGUCCUCCAGCCAGACUAUAAAAAAUUCUGAUCGAGCAUUUAGCCCUGACAGUGGUUUGAGUUUGUCAGCAACAUCUGCUGAAAAAGAUUCAGUUAAUUUAACAAGUAGAGACAGCAAAAGAGAUGCUCAUUACAUGUACAGUGCAGAAUUUCCCAAAGAUAGAGGACAUGUAAAAGAGCAGGCCAAAAUCCUACCAAAGACACCUAAAAGAAAGAAAAUGGCGGGUGCUGAGGAAGGUGGUAGUCAUCUGACUGUCAAACAUAGGAUGAAGAAGGAAAAAGAAAGUCCUGUUUCUCAACCUUCGAGACAUGAAACUGACAGUAUAGGACCUUUAAGAGAAGAUGUCUCAUUGGAAGCUGAAAGGAUGAAAAUUCUUGCUGAUAUGAUCAAAAAGUUAGAAUAUGGGAAUAAAGAAGAUCUUUCUAUGAAAGAUGAAAGUCAUAAACCAUUAGGUUCUUCAGUAGUCAAAGCAAGGCGAAAAAGUAAACAGGAGGAUACUGUGUCAGAUGGUGAGCUAGACAGCUCAAAAUCCAAGAAGAGCCACAAAAGAAAGGAGAGCAACAAACUUAAAGGAAUGAAAAGUGCUUUUAGAGAAGUAGAUAAUAUGCAGCAGCUGGAUGCUACAGCUUACUUCAAACCUUCUGCUGAAAAACUCUCUAGUAUUUCCACAGCCCAAGCUGGAGAGCAAGUACUUGAUAGGAAUAGAAACAAUUUGGGAGAAGGAAGUCCUGUUACAGCGCAAGCUAAAAUUUCAGGAAAGACACCUAGAAGAAAGAGUACUACAGAGACUGAAGCAAGCAACUCCAGACCAGUGACUAAAACCCCAGUUAAAAUCAAGAAAAAGGACAGUCCAAAGAAAAGGAAUGUUAUGUCGUCCUCUGAAAGUGACAACAGUGGGGGAAAUUCCCAAAGAGAAGAAUCACCCGGAGCAAUGGCAGAGAGGCUUUUGGAAGAAUUUGUGAAGAGGAGAUCACUGUGAUGAAUAAAAGCCUUGUUAUUAUGUGAGACUGUGUAUGUAAUGAGAGAACCAUCACUAAUUCUGAUUUGUAGUGAAUGUAUAUCUCAUAGCAGAUUGUGCAUCCUUUACUGUAAUCACAUAAAUAAUUGCUGUGUGGAAUGAGAGGUGGAGAGUAAUGUGAUUCAAAGUGGCAAAAUUUGUUCAGAUUCUGCUUAACUUCCACUUGCACUAUGCUGUAGUGUGCUCAUGAUUGCCAGAUCCAACACAAUAUUUUAUUUUGUAUCAGUUUUGGUGAAACACAGCAUUUUGUACAUAUGUAUAUUAUUAUGUACUUCUGUAAAUGUGAAGA